AUGAUGGCAAAGUUCCCUCAACGAUUGUUUCAGCUAUUGAAGCUAGUUGAUGAGAAUGGAUGGGAAGACACAUUUUCAUGGGUAAACAAUGGGACAGGAUUCAAAGUACAUGACAGGAGCAAGUUCGAAAAUGUUUUGCUUAAAAAACAUUUCAAUACAACGCGAUACGCAAGCUUCGCAAGGCAGCUUCAUGCCUAUGGCUUUGACUGUGUCCGAACAGGACGGCAAACUGGAAUUUACUCGCAUCCCCACUUCAGGAGGGAUGAUCCAGAGGGUUCGUUUGCAUUGAAGAGAGAAAAGGGAAGAAACAUCUCCAAAGAAGCAAUGGUCUCUAGACGCUGCCAGGAACAGCAAGACGAAGAGGGAUUGGAUGGACGUCUCGCAGGACUACGCAACUUAAUUCUAGAAGACAACGCUAUUGUGCUUUGCCCUUCGCUUUUGGAGAGACCCAAUGCAAGGGGCCUGCCAAAUAUGAAGAAGAACAAUUCAGGGAUGACUGAUGACGGUACUCACCAUUCGUCAGUUAUGUCAAGCCUAAACGAUACUGUUCUAGUUGCUGAUAGAACAAAGAAGUCGCACACAAGGAUUCCUUCCGAAGCUACUACUCAAGAUCUUCCAUUCAAAAGAAGGGAGAGUGGGUUCUGGUCUGGUACCACUUCUGAUGGCAGGGUUUUAAUGCGCGACCCAUCCGAAAUUCAUUGUCCAGACAAUUCGUUCUGCUCUCUUUCUACAAAUCACCAUCGAGUGGUUAGUGAUGUUUCACUAUCAACAAAGGCUCGCGCCACUGCUGGGGCGGCUUCAGCAUAUUACCCAUCUCGAAUGGAUACGGUAUUGGAUGAAUCCAAAUCAAACGCUGUGUUUGCAAACCGCAGCUUUAUUCGUGACGAUUAUGAUGAUCUUGAUCCAAUUCCAUUGAAUCAUCUUGAUGGCAUGACUCCAUUGAAAACUCCGCUCGAAGACCAUUGUUUGUUCCAUGACAACGACUGGGAUGCUACGGCCUGGUCACCAGCAGGCAGUGUGUUUGAUGAAGACGAAGAUGACUUUGGAUCACCGGACAAAGUUGGGUCCUUUCUAGAGCCUCGGCCAAUCGAUGAGAUGGUCGAGAACCCAGCAAGCUUGAGCACACCGUGGAUGUAG